AUGUGGUUGUCUACAUCCAGCGUUAUACGCUUGACCGCGGAAAACACUCUGGGAAAGACGACUCUAGGUAAGCCAAAGUGGAGGACGCGUCAGCCUAAAGAUCGGGGUGCUUACCUAGCGGCGAAGAGGGAGGCUAAGAAGGCAGUCUCCAAGGCGAAGUCGGACCGCUACAAGGCUGUGUACGACUUGCUUGAUACCAGAGAAGGCGAGCGGGCAGUGUAUCGUUUAGUCAGAGCACGUCAUCGCUCAACGUUGGAUAUGGAGCACACCAAGAUCGUUAAGGGAGCUGAUGGAGCCGUUCUGCGCCGCUCUGGUCAGAUCCUGGAGAGGUGGCGAGAGUACUACAAUCACUUGUGUAACGAAGAGUUCUGUCAUCCUCCCAUCCCAGCCGUUCCCAGCGUCGAGGGUCCUGUUGUACCAAUUACUGCCGUCGAAGUCAGUGCUGCCCUCGCAAAAAUGAAGUCGAACAAGGCAACCAGUCCUGAUGACAUACCUGUUGAUAUCUGGAGGCUGCUAGGAGAUCGAGGGUCCAUGUGGCUCGCAACUCUAUUUAACAAGAUCGUUGCAGAAGGACGGACUCCAGACGUUUGGCAAACUUCCGUGACCGUGCCUGUCUGGAAAGGGAAAGGAGACAUUGCUGACUGCACCUCGUACAGGCCUAUACGACUGCUCUGCCAUACGAUGAAGGACUGCAGCACUAUAGAUGCUAUCCAUGCUGUCCGAAUCCUCCUGGAGAAACAUCGAGAGAAGAACCGCAGUGUGCAUCUUGCUUUUCUCGAUCUCGAGAAAGCUUUCGACCGUGUCCCACAUGAGCUGUUAUGA